AUGCAAUCAUUAACGAUUGAUUGUUUCUUUUGUGAUUGGUUUGGCAUUCUACAAAAUUAUCAAGAACAUCUUGAUCAAAAUCAUAUAAAUCCACAAUGCAAAUAUUGUCAUGCACAAUUUGAUACAGUUGUGCAUCUUAAUGAACAUAAAAUCUUAGCAUGCGAAAAGAACACUAUCGAUUGUUUGUUAAAAAAUUUUGGUUGUGAUAAACAACAUAAUAUGUGGAAUCAUUAUUCAAGUGAAUAUCAUCAAAAUUUAUUAAUAAAAACUAUUCAACUAGUAAAAUCACAAAUAGAAUCUAUGAAAUUAUUAUCGACUCAAAUUCAUACUAAUCUUAUUGAAAAAACAGUAACAACAAUACCUGUUAAUUUAGAUUUAAUUCUUUUGCAUGAAUUAUUUCAAUCACUUAAUAUUCAACUAGAUAAUUUAAAUAUAGGAGAUUAUUCUACACAAGAGUUCAUUAAUAAUGCAUUAUUUCAAUAUCAAAGAGAUUCUCCAACAACAUCAUUAGAUUUAUUUAAAUCUAAAUUAUCUGAACAAGAAAGCUUGUCAUCUUAA